CCUUAUCCAGGCGUAUUACCCGUCCAGGCCCCCUUUAAUUUCCCAUGUUCCUCUGCGUACUCAAGCCCCGCCCCCAGUGUCCCAGCCCCGCCCCGAAGUUUGAGGGGUGUGGAUGGUUUGUGACCCCCUCACUCGAUUCUACCCCUCGCUGGCUGGAAGAAACGGGUUUGGGUACAGCAGUAGGAACUAGGCAGCCUUUUGGCUCGAGUGGCGCCACGGACCCCUCUCCAGCGCCGCGGGAAUAGGAUCGCCCAAACGCGGAGCCUUCGCGUCAGGAAAGGCAAGAUCGGAGACCCCUCCUCACCGUGCCAUCAGGGUCGCUCACAGGUUGAGGAGAGCAAAGGCCUCUGAGAAGGGAAACCUGGGGUCCUAACCGGUCCCUCUCCUCAAAAGUUCCCCGUGCCUGUGCCAGUCGUUUUUGCCUCUGUUCGCGGCAGUUUCCUUUUCUGUAAAUCAGGGUUAAUGACAACCUUCUUACCAUCAGGGGUUAGUUGUGGGAGUGAUAAAUAAUUGGUACUAUUUGUUUACUAAACAAUUGCAAUGUGCCAGGCACUGUUCUAAGUAUUUUGCUUCGAUGAUCUCCCGUCAUCUUCAAAACAACCUUAUGAGGGCCCACGUAUCAAAUUAGGAGGUGAAAAACUAUUCACAUGUUGUGUGGACCCAGUCAGCACCCAGGCCAUGGAGCUCUCUGAUGUCACCCUUAUUGAGGGUGUGGGUAAUGAGGUGACUGUGGUGGCAGGUGUGGUGGUGCUGAUUCUAGCCUUGGUCCUAGCUUGGCUCUCUACCUACGUAGCAGACAGCGGUAGCAACCAGCUCCUGGGCACUAUUGUGUCAGCUGGCGACACAUCCGUCCUUCACCUGGGGCAUGUGGACCAUCUGGUAGCGGGCCAAGGCACCCCAGAGCCAACUGAACUCCCCCAUCCAUCAGAGGGUAAUGAUGAGAAGGCUGAAGAGGCUGGCGAAGGAGGGGGAGACCCCACAGGGGAACCUGGAGCUGGGGGCGGUGUUGAGCCCAGCCUCGAGCAUCUGCUUGACAUCCAAGGCCUGCCCAAAAGACAAGCAGGCCCAGGAAACAGCAGUCUGGAGGCACCUGUGAGAUCAGAGGAUAGCACCUGCUUGCCUCCCAGCCCCAGCCUCAUCAGCGUGCGGCUCAAAUUCCUCAAUGACACGGAGGAGCUGGCUGUGGCCAGGCCAGAGGAUACCGUGGGUGCUCUGAAGAGUAAAUACUUCCCUGGACAGGAGAGCCAGAUGAAACUGAUCUACCAGGGCCGCCUGCUGCAGGACCCAGCCCGCACACUGCGUUCCCUGAACAUUACCGACAACUGUGUGAUUCACUGUCACCGCUCACCCCCUGGGUCAGCUGUUGCAGGCCCCUCAAGCUCCCUGGCCCCCUCGGCCACUGAGCCACCCAGCCUCGGCGUCAGUGUGGGCAGCCUCAUGGUGCCUGUGUUUGUGGUGCUGCUGGGUGUGGUCUGGUACUUCCGUAUCAAUUACCGCCAGUUCUUCACAGCACCUGCCACAGUCUCCCUCGUGGGGGUCACUGUCUUCUUCAGCUUCCUAGUAUUUGGGAUGUAUGGACGAUAAGGACCACAGGGAGAAAAUGAAAGGCAUGGUUUUCCUCCUUUAUGGCCUCCCCCCAUUCCUGGCCAGAGCUGGGCCCAAGGGCCUGGGAGGGAGGGGUGGAAAGGAUGUGGUGGGCCCUCCUCCACAGGACUCAGGAGCCAGGCAUGGGCAUUCCCCUCACGUCCAUGAGGGGACAGACAUUCCCUCUGUGCAAGCACAACUCAGGUAGAAAUGAGAAUGUCAUCUUCCUUCACUACUAAGGUCCUAAAGUUCAGAACUGAGCUGGUGGCCCAGCUCAACAGGGAGCCAGGGCUCUGAGGAUUCCCUCCCAGCCGUGGCCCUAGCUCUUUCCAUUAUCCUGCAUGUCUGCUCCUCUGCCCCCAGGGCUGCCUGCCAGGGCAGCUCAGCAUGGCCCCAGCAUUUCUGUAGGAAACCUGGAGUCUCUCUGGGUUUCCUAGUGGAACAUCCUUCUUUUGAGCCUAAAAUACAGGCAGGAGUGAAGUUUGUGUCAGCUUUCCCUGUGGGCACCUGGCCGCCUCUACCUUCUCCCUCCACCCCUUAGCAGGAAUAGGGUGUUCUCUGUGUUCUGGACAGUUUCCAGUGUUCUCCCUUUUUCUCAAAGCACUUUGCUUAUAUUCUUUUUUUUUUCUUUAAAUAGUCCUUUAUAGAGCUCAGUCAGGAAGGGGACUGGGGCACAAAGCCAAGCCCCCAGCACCGGGAGAGGCCAGGCCACAGCUGCUGCUACCCUAGGCCUAAGGCUGUAAGCAAGAGGCAGUUCUGGCUGCCAGCCAGUGUCCUACCCUGCCCAGCCCCAAGGACAGCUCUGGGUAGGGAGCACUGGGCCCCAGGCUCUUGCUCUGGGGCUCUUGGAUGGAGGGUCAGUAUCUGUGACUGAAUAAAGUUCCAUUCUGUGGC